CAGGGCAUCCGGUCACUGUAACUCUGUAAACUGCAACCUCAAAACCAUCAAGGUUCGAAGAGCUUCAUCAGCUUCUCUUUUGCAACCAUGGAGGAAGAAGCAAAAGAGCAGCAGAUUGCGAGAAAGAAAGUAGCAGUGUUGCCAUGGAUGAGAAGUCCAGUUGAUGUUAGUUCGUUUGAAAACUGUCCCCUUACUCAGCUUCCAUUUCUCAAUCCAAGGCUGGAGGCGGCUUUGUGCGAUAGUGGAAUCGAUUCGCUUUUUCCUGUUCAAGUAGCGGUUUGGCAAGAAACCGUGGGCCCUGGUUCCUUUGAGAGAGACCUUUGUGUGAAUUCACCUACAGGAAGCGGGAAAACAUUAGCAUACGCAUUGCCAAUUGUACAAAUGCUUUCAACUCGUUCUGUCAAAUGUCUUCGAGCUUUAGUGGUUUUACCCACUCGUGAUUUAGCGUUGCAGGUAAGGGAUGUUUUUGCCUCAAUUGCUCCUGCAGUGGGGUUAUCUGUUGGUUUGGCAGUAGGGCAAUCUUCAAUAUCAGAAGAAAUCUCAAUGCUUAUUGAGAGACCAAAACUUGAGGCAGGUAUAUGUUAUGAUCCACAUCAUCAACCCAUUGAGUUACAAAGUGCUGUUGAUAUAUUAGUGGCAACACCUGGAAGACUAAUGGAUCAUAUUAACAACACCAAAGGUUUUACACUCGAGCAUCUUCGUUUUUUGGUAGUUGAUGAAACGGAUAGAUUGCUUAGGGAAUCAUAUCAGUCAUGGCUUCCUAUGGUUCUUCAAUGCACCAAUUCUACUGUUGAUAGCUUUUUUUCCAAUCCUUCUACAUUUGGUUCCUUGAAGACUAUAAGGAGAAUUGGUGUAGAAAGGGGAUUCAAGAACAAAGGUCACCCAAGGCUUGUGAAGAUGGUUUUAUCUGCAACAUUAACUCAAGAUCCAACCAAACUUUCUCAACUUCAUCUGCAUCAUCCUUUGUUCUUGACAACUGGACACAUACGAUACAAGCUUCCAGAACAUCUCCACUCCUUCAAAUUGAUAUGUGAACAACAGAUGAAGCCUCUUUACCUUGUUUCUCUUUUGAAAAAUUUACAAGGGGAAAAGUGUAUUGUUUUCACAUCUUCAGUUGAGUCGACUCACCGACUCUGUACUUUGCUUAAGUUUUUUGGAGAUUUGGGAAUUAAGAUCAAGGAAUAUUCGGGUCAUCAACAUCAAACCUUGAGAAGCAAGACGUUGAGGGCAUUUAGGGAAGGUGGAGUACAAGUGGUGGUGUCUUCUGAUGCGAUGACACGUGGCAUGGAUGUGGAAGGGGUUAGAAAUGUAAUUAACUAUGAUAAGCCGCCAUAUAUCAAGACAUAUAUUCAUCGUGCUGGUAGAACUGCAAGAGCUGGGAAUUCAGGCCGUUGCUUCACCUUGUUACACCAAGACGAGGUGAAGCAAUUCAAGAAGCUUUUGAAGAAAGCCGACAUUGAUUCUUGUCCUGUUCAUAUACUUCCAUCUGAUUCGAUAGAAUCCCUCAGAUCCACCUAUGAUGCUGCUUUGGAGAAACUAAAAGAGAACGUUGAAAUGGAAGCAUUUAAGAAACGUAAGCUUGGAUUCAAGUCUUCAAGCAAGAUGAAAAAGCGCUGAUCUAUGCUUAAAAAUAUAUAUUGUU